GACCGGCACCGCCCGCAGCCCCGGAGCCCCGCCCCGCGCAGGCGCCGCUGGCCGCGGCCAUGGCGGAGAAGGCGCAGAAGAGCGUGAAGAUCGCGCCGGGCGCCGUGGUGUGCGUGGAGAGYGAGAUCCGCGGGGACGUGACCAUCGGGCCCAGGACCGUGAUCCAUCCCAAGGCCCGCAUCAUCGCCGARGCGGGGCCCAUCGUCAUCGGGGAAGGGAACCUGAUCGAGGAGCAGGCGCUCAUCAUCAACGGCUAUCCAGAGAAUAUAACCCCAGAGAGUGAAGAUGUGGAGCCCAAGCCCAUGGUCAUCGGCACCAACAAUGUUUUUGAGGUCGGGUGCUAUUCCCAAGCGAUGAAGGUGGGAGACAACAACGUCAUUGAAUCCAAAGCGUUUGUGGGCAGGAACGUGAUCCUGACGAGCGGCUGCAUCAUCGGCGCCUGCUGCAACGUCAACACGUACGAGGUGAUCCCGGAGAACACCGUCAUCUACGGGGCCGACUGCCUGCGGCGCGUGCAGACCGAGCGGCCGCAGCCCCAGACACUGCAGCUGGAUUUCCUGAUGAAGAUCCUGCCCAACUAYCACCACCUGAAGAAGACCGUGAAGGCCUCGUCCACCCCUGUCAAGAGCUGA